CCGUGACGUCACGGGAGUAGCUCUCCUCGCGGCGGCGGUGCUGAACAAGAUGGCUGUGCGUCGCGUUACGAGCGGCUGAAAAAAAACAGCGCUAAUAAUCACACAUAGCCCGACUAACAGCGGUUUACGUCGAGAGGGUGGCUAGAAACACCCUCGGGUCGAGUAAUCUGGACGGUUCGGAAUAGCAGCUGCUGUUGUUUUUGUAUAUUUUGCGGUAGAGUAUGAUAAAGGGAAGGGGAGGUUUCUCAACGUAAAAAAAAUCCAUACUUCGUUUUAAUAGCAGUGUCAUUAUCUAAAAUAACGCAAAGGGACGAGAAUAAUAAUACAUAGAGAGAUGUCACUGCUGUGUGUUGGAGUGAAGAAAGCCAAGCUCGAUGGACCUCAAGAGAAAUUCAACACGUACGUGUCACUGAAGGUUCAGAAUGUGAAAAGCACCACCAUAGCCGUGCGAGGCAGUCAGCCAUGUUGGGAACAGGACUUCAUGUUUGAGAUUAACAGGCUGGAUCUGGGCCUGACAGUGGAGGUAUGGAACAAAGGACUGAUCUGGGACACCAUGGUUGGCACAUUGUGGAUCCCUUUGAGCAACAUUCGACAGUCGAACGAGGAAGGUCCAGGACAAUGGCUGACUUUAGACUCUCUCAUUAUGGCUGAGAAUGAGAUCUGCGGCACCAAGGAUCCCACGUUCCAUCGAGUUCUUUUGGAUACACGUUUCGAGCUCCCAUUAGAUAUACCAGAGGAGGAAGCUCGAUACUGGGCCAAGAAACUGGAGCAGCUAAAUGCCAUGAGGGACCAAAAUUUGCAGUACACAUACCAGGAGGAGCAUGAGAGACCACUUUCAAUGCCAUCAACUCAGUGCUGUAACUGGAGUCUAUGGGGGGACCAGCAAAAUGAUGAUCCAGACAGUGCUGUGGACGACCGAGACAGUGAUUACCGCAGCGAAACCAGCAACAGCAUCCCGCCUCCAUUCUACACCACUUCUCAGCCCAAUGCAUCCUUGCACCAAUACCCCAUCCGUCACAUGCACCAUGGCUCCCGCUACAACGACAUGAAUGACUAUGACUAUGAUAACCAGAGAGCCAUUAGCCCCACCGGCAGUAGUCGCUAUGCCUCCUCGGGUGAGCUGAGCCACGGCAGCUCCCAACUCAGUGAGGAGUUUGGCCCGGAGGAUGGUGAGAGCUUCCGAGGUUCCGGAGAGUUCUACGACGAGAAUGACUCCUACCAUUCCUGCCAUUCCUCCGUUAGCUAUGGUAAAGACUCACCUGAUUGGGAUCCAGAUGAGCCACAGGGCGUCUACAGUGAUGAUGGUGAGUACAACAAAGAUGGAGGUGAAGAAGGUGCAAUAUAUGAUGAAGAGGAUGGUGAGGUCUAUGAGCAGGAGGAAGGGGAGUAUCCCUAUGAGGAGGAAGAGGAAGGAAUGGUAUAUGAAGAGGAUGAAGAACUUUACCCACUAGAUGGUACUCUCAGUGAAGAGCAGGAGCCACCUUACACCCCUACCCCAACCAGCACUGCCCCAAUGUUGGCUCCCGAGGCUCCCACCAGCCGUCCACCACUGGAGAAACAAGCUUCCAUGCACCAGCAACAGCCGCCAAAAUCCCAACCACCAUUCCAGACCAAGGAGCCUAAGCGAGAGUCACCACCCCCACAGCAGCCACAUGAUGUCUUUGCCAAGGUACCUCGUACCUCGACCCCACCACGAAUCUCAGAAGUGGAGCCUGAGAAGGUCCCAACACCUGUAGGCAAGCUGGUAGCCCCUUCUGAGGAACCUCUGUCUACCCCUGCCACCGAGGUCCCGCCUGAAGCAGAACAAGAAAAGAAAGAGUCUCCUCCAGAGAGCACACCAAAGCUGGAGCCACCUGUGGACCCUGCAAUAAGGGCCAAAGCCAACUGGUUGCGACUCUUCAACAGGGUUCGCCUUCAGCUGCAGGAGGCUCGAGGCGAGACUCCAGGACUUGCGUCACUCUUUUUGCAAGCAGGGCCUGGAGGUGCUCUUUACAGCAUAGACAGCAUGCCUGACUUACGCAAGAGGAAAGCCAUCCCUCUCGUCCGAGACCUGGCAAUGUCUCUUGUCCAGAACUCUCGAAAAGCUGGCAUCACUUCUGCUAUGGCCUCCAGCACACUUAACAAUGAAGAAUUGAAGAGUCACGUCUAUAAGAAGUCCCUUCAGGCUUUGAUCUACCCCAUUUCUUGCACUACACCACACAACUUUGAGGUGUGGACGGCCACCACCCCCACCUACUGCUACGAGUGCGAGGGGCUUCUGUGGGGCAUCGCUCGACAGGGCAUGCGCUGCACCGAGUGUGGGGUCAAGUGUCACGAUAAAUAAAAAAAAAUGAUAAAAACCGAUCAAUUACAAAGGGCGGCGGAGAAGAGCUCCAAGCAUGGAGCUGAGGAUCGCACGCAGAACAUCAUCAUGGUGUUGAAAGACCGCAUGAAGAUCCGUGAACGCAACAAGCCUGAGAUAUUCGAGCUGAUUCAGGACGUGUUUGCAGUCAUCAAGGCAACACACGUGGCACACAUGAAGCAGGUCAAGCAAAGCGUCCUGGACGGAACGUCCAAGUGGUCAGCAAAGAUCAGCAUCACCGUAUUAUGUGCCCAGGGCCUGCAGGCAAAGGACAAAACUGGCUCCAGUGAUCCUUACGUUACGGUGCAAGUAGGCAAGACCAAAAAACGAACCAAGACCAUUUACGGCAACCUCAAUCCUGUAUGGGAUGAGAGCUUCAAUUUUGAGUGUCACAACUCUUCGGAUCGGAUCAAAGUGCGCGUAUGGGACGAGGAUGACGAUAUUAAGUCCAGAGUAAAGCAGAAGUUCAAACGAGAGUCUGACGAUUUCCUCGGUCAGACCAUCAUUGAGGUUCGAACGCUGAGUGGAGAAAUGGAUGUCUGGUACAACCUGGACAAGCGUACAGACAAGUCUGCUGUCUCUGGAGCCAUUCGUAUGCACAUCAGUGUGGAGAUCAAAGGAGAAGAAACCGUAGCUCCGUACCACGUCCAGUACACUUGCUUGCACGAGAACCUUUUCCACUAUCUAACGGACAUCCAGAACAACGGGGUGGUGAAGAUACCAGAUGCCAAGGGUGAUGAUGCAUGGAAGGUUUACUUCGAAGAGACGCCCCAAGAAAUCGUGGAUGAGUUUGCCAUGCGUUACGGGGUGGAGUCCAUUUAUCAAGCCAUGACACACUUCGCCUGUUUGUCAUCAAAGUACAUGUGUCCUGGAGUGCCUGCGGUCAUGAGCACCCUACUGGCCAACAUCAACGCUUACUAUGCUCACACAACCCAGGCCACCAACAAUGUGUCUGCCUCUGACCGUUUCGCUGCCUCCAACUUUGGGAAAGAGCGAUUUGUCAAGCUUCUGGACCAGCUUCACAACUCCCUGAGGAUUGACCUCUCUAUGUACAGGAAUAAUUUCCCAGCUAGCAGCCCUGAGAGACUGCAGGACCAAAAUUAUACUGAAUCCCUGAUGCUGUUGAUUUGGUUUUUUCUCCAGGUCCAAGAGCUCCAGAGUCCUCCUCGUGCCAGCCAGGUAGUGAAGGACUGUGUGAAGGCUUGCCUCAACUCUACCUACGAAUACAUUUUCAACAACUGUCACGAGCUGUAUAGUCGAGAAUACCAAACAGACCCAAACAAAAAAGGAGAGGUACCUCCAGAGGAACAAGGUCCAAGUAUCAAGAAUCUAGACUUCUGGUCUAAGCUAAUCACCCUCAUUGUCUCAAUUAUUGAAGAGGACAAGAACUCCUACACCCCCUGCCUUAACCAGUUUCCGCAGGAGCUCAAUGUUGGAAAAAUCAGCGCAGAAGUUAUGUGGAACCUGUUUGCCCAAGAUAUGAAGUAUGCAAUGGAAGAGCAUGAAAAGAACCGGCUGUGCAAGAGUGCAGAUUACAUGAACCUGCACUUCAAAGUAAAGUGGCUCUACAAUGAAUACUGCAAAGACCUGCCUUUCUUCAAGAGCCGAGUGCCUGAAUAUCCCACGUGGUUCGAGCCAUUUGUCAUCCAGUGGUUGGAUGAGAAUGAGGAGGUGUCCCGAGACUUUUUGCACGGAGCCCUGGAGCGCGAUAAGAAAGAUGGGUAUCAGCAAACUUCAGAGCACGCUCUCUUCUCCUGUUCGGUAGUGGACGUUUUCUCGCAGCUUAAUCAGAGCUUCGAGAUCAUUAAGAAGCUGGAGUGUCCAGACCCACAGAUCGUUGGACACUACAUGAAGAGAUUUGCCAAGACCAUUAGCAAUGUUCUGCUGUCCUAUGCGGAUAUUAUCUCCAGAGACUUCCCCAACCACUGCACCAAGGAGAAAGUGAAUGCAAAGGAUGGUGCUGUCAAGCCAUGCAUCCUCAUCAACAAUAUCCAGCAGCUCAGGGUACAGCUUGAGAAGAUGUUUGAGGCCAUGGGUGGUAAAGAUUUGAACGUUGAAGCUAGCGACAUCUUGAAGGAACUCCAGGUGAAGCUCAACAAUGUUUUGGAUGACCUUGCAAGGAUCUUUGCCACCAGUUUCCAACCAAACAUUGAAGAAAAUGUCAAGCAGAUGGGUGACAUACUUAGCCAGGUGAAGGGGACAGGAAACGUGCCAGCAAGUGCUUGCAGCAGCGUGGCACAGGACGCCGACAACGUCCUCCAGCCCAUCAUGGACUUCCUUGACAGCAAUCUCACACUGUUUGCCAAGAUCUGUGAGAAGACAGUGUUGAAGCGAGUGCUGAAAGAGCUUUGGAAGCUGGUGAUGAACACAAUGGAGAAGACGAUUGUUCUGCCGCCUUUGACUGACCAAACGAUGAUAGGCAGGGUGAAGCUUGCUUGUCACAGUGAUGGCACUCAACUUAUAUUCAACGCAGCCAAGGAACUCGGUCAGCUCUCCAAGUUAAAGGAGCACAUGGUUCGUGAAGAAGCCAAGGCACUGUCCCCUAAACAGUGUGCAGUGAUUGAGUUAGCACUGGAUACUAUAAAGCAAUAUUUCCAUGCUGGGGGUGUGGGACUGAAGAAGACGUUCCUGGAGAAAAGACCACGCCCUCUCCCUCUACACUAAGCCCACUCACAAAACAAUCAAGACACCUACAAACUCACAAAAAACACAAUUCAAUCCCAUAACACACCAGUUCAUGGAGCGAAGGGGGUAAGGUUUACCCAUAGUGAAGACGUGUACCCAGAGAAGGGUACUGGUGUUGAUGAUGCAGUUGGAGAGGUGUCUAUCCAUGUAGAGAUCUUCACUCAUCCAAAUACUGGAGAGCACAAAGUCACAGUGAAGGUGGUGGCUGCGAAUGACCUACGAUGGCAGACCUCUGGAAUUUUCCGGCCCUUCGUGGAGGUCUACAUCAUUGGCCCUCAUCUCAGUGAUAAGAAGAGAAAGUACGCCACCAAGUCCAAGAACAACAGCUGGGCUCCCAAAUACAACGAGACCUUUACAUUCACAUUGAGUAACGAAGUGGGUCCGGAGUGCUACGAGCUGCAGGUGUGCGUGAAAGACUACUGCUUUGCGCGAGAGGACCGCACCGUUGGCAUGGCAGUACUGCAGCUGAAGGACGUAGCACCGCGGGGUAGCAUAGCGUGCUGGCUACCGCUAGGUAAACGAAUUCACAUGGACGAAACGGGCCUGACCGUACUACGAAUCCUGUCCCAGCGCAACAACGACGACGUCGCGAAAGAAUUCGUCAAGCUCAAAUCCGACCAGCGCUCUGCUGAGGAGGGGCGAAGCUAAGACCAGGAAGUAGCUAGCGAGGCAUGGUAACUUUGGCGUAAACACUGCCCCCUGAUGUUCAGAUGUUGCACUAGCACAUAGAAGAAAAAUACACGAGACAUAUUUAUCUCAGUCCUUCACUUUAAUGGCCAACCGUUUACAUGACAAAGCAGUUAUAUAUUUGUACUCAGUGCACUGCCAUUAGAAUUGCCAGGAAGGGCUUGUUUAACAAGCACAAUUUGGCACAUGAAACUGACACAGGAUAUUGUAUCUCUUAAAUACUUGCUGUUUUUGAUGUCCUUGAUUUUUAUAAUGCAUAUUCCAAGACAAAAAUCUGCCAAGAGGUACUUAAAUACAACACAUAUUUAUCUAUUUAUUCCACAAAGCAUUAAAUAUCACUAUCAAUGCACAGGUCUCAAAAUAUAAAUGCAGAAAAUAUUAUUUAUAAUAAUAUAUUUAAAAUAAUACUACUAAUAAUAAAAUACUAUUUACAGUAGUUAUAUUUAAAAUGAAUUUAUAUUUUAUUUAUAUUCUUUUUUUUUUUCAAAUGCAUCUGUGAAAUAAAACCAGAUUAAGGCAUGUAAACAUGAGAUUGCUACAUAAUGCCAUGAUGUCAAACCUCUUUCGUGCGGCCUUUUGUCAAUCAUUCCUGCACCCUACAAAGGGUGCCUUAAUGUCAGGGUAUCGUUUCUCCACUACGUACAACCAUUUCACCCCCUAACCUCCUUAAUAGGGACCAAACCCCCUUAUGGGUCAGAGUUUAAUGUUAUGCAAUUGUUUAGAAGCACAAAAAAUAGACCUACAACCAAAUACACCAAAAACACAGAGUGGUUGCUUUUUCAUGUAGUAUGAAAACAUUUUAUUUUUAUUUUUUUUCGGGGGCGUCACUUGCAGGAAAUCCUACAAAUUCUACUUAUUGUAAGAAUACAAGAUACUUUGACUUUGUGAAGAUGCUUCACACAUCUAGAUUCAAUCACAGGGCCACGUCUGUCCUGUCUUUGUGUAUGUUUUCCGAUCUGUUCAUGUUCAAGUACGAGUGCCUGUGCGGUUUAUCCGGUGUUUGUCGGCAUGAUAAGGCACUACGGUUUAUAUACCACGAUGUAUAGAUUGACAAACACUGCUUGCAUUAGAGACACCAGAGCUGCCUGUUUCAGUAAAAAUUCACUUUAUAACGUCAUGUUUAAAUGUCAUAUUGCUUCAGAUCAUUCCAUGCAAAAUGGGACUUUUUUAUCCACUCACUAGUUUCACACUUCAAAAGAAUCACAGCCAUUGAGAAUCGCUCCUAUAGAGUUGCCAUAGUAACCGUUGAUCAAUCCUGCCAUUUUACUGCCAAACCAUCCACCAUAUUAGAAAUGCACAAGAGGGAUGCUUUAUAAUGUGGGUUAAGCACUGUAUAUCCAUCCAUACCUUGCUGUAUUGCGCUAAACCGUUACUGACAAAAACUAGCCGUGCUAUGGAUCUACUUAUGAAAAUCUGAGGUGAUGUUAUCUAGAUAGAGUCGCUUAUUGAAUUUAGCAAUUAAGCAGUUUGCG